CCAACUUGUUUGCCCUAGUUCAGAGUUUUCAAAGUUGAGGGUUAGGGUUCUCUUCAAUUCAAAACCACAAAACCACAAGGCUUUCUCUCAUUUCUGCAAUUCCUUUCUGAAAUUAGUCGAGGGGAAAAGAUUGUGGGUGUUUGUGAGUUUAUUCGCAUGGAAUCUUCCUCUAAUUCUGGAGCUGGACCUGGUCGAGCCUCUGCUGGUGCAAGUGAUGGUGCAAUGGCGAGAACAGUUGUGAGGGAUGUUGGGUUGGUUGAGCACAACUAUGAAAUUCAUUACCACCUAAUAUAUAAUGGGAUGCCUCCAAGACCGGCAGAGUUAAGAGCAAGGCGUGCUCUGCACUUCGGGAGUAAAACACAGAGAGAGAAAGAGAGAGGGAAAGGCGCUCAGCUCUCUUCUUAGUUGUUAUUUGCGAUUUAGUCAUAGGAGAUUGGUUCCUUUCUGGGUAUUCUGGCAUUUGGUUUCGUUUGAAUUAGAGGAGGAAAGUUGUUUAAGAGAGGAAAGGAAGGAAGGAAGGAAAGAAGGAAGGAAAGAAGGAAGGAAGAAGAACCAGCGGCGAAAACAGAGAUGGAGUUGUGCAAUUCUUAUGAUGAAUAUGAGAAGCUCGUUAUAAAGAUGAGCACUCCUAUGUUUGUUCUCCCUUCUCCCUCAAAUCCUUUUUGCGAUUUUCAGUACUGCUCUUUCAACCAAACAUGUAUCAGUUUGUUUUUGUUCUUCAUGUGUUGUUACCUUGUUGAUUUUGUUCAUUAUUUCCAGUUUUUCUGGGUUUGUGUUUUCCCCUUGAUCCUUCUUCCUUGUGGUUUGUUUUAAUUUUUUAAGGUUUUUGUCUGUAAUUUUGGGAUUUUAAUGUAAGCAAACGUGUUGUUUAAUUCUUUCAAUGUUGGGAUCAUAGCAGUUAAAUUCAUCGAUUUCUCCAUGAUCUCUUCCCUUUUUGUAUUUUUUAAGGAAUUUUUGAAUUUAAGCACUGAGAGAAAGAAUCAGAUCUCCUCAUAUUAACUACUGUAAUAGAUUUUUUCUGUCCAUUAAAUCAACUUUUUUUGUUUAUCUUAAGCAUUUUAGUUAACUGGAACGAAUUCGAUUUGAAUUUUCUAGGAUAAUCGCCGACAUUAAAUUAAAUAUACUGAAUAUCCGUUUUUUAAAAAUAUUUUUUUGACCUUUCUUAAAUUUCCUUCAUAUAUUUUUUUUAAAUUUUGAUUUUCCGUAACUUUUGAACGAUUUCUUCCCCAUUUUAGGUGCGUUUGAAUUGUACUAGAUUUUAGAAAUUUCUCCAUUGCCUAUUUUCAAAAAAAAAAAAAAGUUUAGAAAUUUCUCUUGAAUUGACUCUUUACUGCUACAUUUUCCUGCAGAGUCGCGAUCGAGAAUGGCGUUUGCGCCACUGCAACAAUUGUCAAGGUUAGCUUCC